CCCUCUCCACUUGUCUGUCACCCACCCCCCAAGCCCAGUUCACGUCUCCGUCUCUCUUCCUUCCUUCCAUCAUCAAUCAACCUACCUGCAUCGCCCAUCCGCCAGACAUCAUCGCCAGCGGCCUCGCAACCACUCCCGUAUCUUCCCUCCCUUGCGGGCUUGCAGUCAGGAGGGUUGCUUGUCGAGACGCCUCCUCGUGGAUUGCACGCUGCGUCGUUUGGGUCUACGUACUUUGACCGCCCAUUCCGUCGGUGUCCGACCCUGAGCCCACCGGCCCCAGUGCUUCCGAGCUCCUCGUAAGUCGUCAUUCGUCACCACCUGUCACCGCCUGCAGAGCCGCUCUCGCCCCAUCCAUCAAGCUUUGGGCCACCGCCGCCUCCCUCGCACUGAACACGCUCCUACAAAGGCAGCCAGCCGCCCGGGAUCAAAUAAUUGACCUCGGUUUUUGUUUCUCUAGAAUCGUUCAAAUCUCGAUUGUCGUCGGCACGUUCCCACGCCCUCCCGUCAAGAUGUCGACGGUUCCGCACCCCCCGAGCCUGGUCAUCCGAAACAACCCUGGCCUCGAUGCCCCCAUCACUCUGAAGGUCCUUUUCGAUGGGGUCACUCGCCGGGCCAAGAUGCCGCUCCGGGACAUGGUCCCAAACGCACUCGAGAGAGACGUCCGAGCCUUCUUGCGCCUUCCUCUCGACGCCAAGAUCAUGAUGGAGCGGUACUCCGACUCGGCAGCGGCUUACGUCAUGCUCGACCCUGCGAAUGCGUCUGUCUAUAAGCAGCUGUAUAGAGCCGCCAAGGCCAAGUCGAAGCUCAAGCUCCGCGUCACGAUCCUCAACAGGGAGGAAAGGACAUCGCCCAAACCCGUUAGCGUCGAGGAUGAAGUCGAGGCAACCUCAGUUGUCGAGACCAACGAAUCUGCGAGUGUCAAGGCAGAGCUUCCGGAGCCCACUACAGCCACCGCCGCCGUCUCCCUGGCUGCGCACACCUACGCCAUGGACUCGCCCAUUGCGACUACCAAACCGCCGAGCAAUCUUACCGAGGCCUGGAGUAUGGCACUGGACGAACAGAUCAAGAAGCUCGAGCAAAACAGCACACACGUCGCUGCCUUAGCCUCGCAGCUUGGAGUCACGUGUCGCGUCACAGAGUCCGCCGACGACGAUGCGUCAGCCAAGGACAACUCGUCGGCCACCACCCUGGCGCCCUCGCAGUCUGGCGCCCCGGCUUGUGGAUUUGCCGUCUGCUGCAACAGUUGUGACAAGACGAUCCCCGAGGCACACUUUCACUGCUCCACGUGUGACGACGGCGACUUCGACUUGUGCCAGUCCUGCGUAGAGCGGGGUAUUACCUGCUACAGCAAUGAGCACUGGCUUAUCAAGCGCACUGUCAAGGAUGGUCAGAUCGUGAACAGUACCACCGAGACGAUUGCCCCCAAGCCCAAGGCGACGCCCGCGCAGACGGAACAGUCACAGUCCGCCGAGCAAGAGGCCGAGAGGAGUGUACCUGUCACCGCCAAUUACACCCCCUACCGGGUUGAACAGCCGCCCAUCUCUUGCGUGGCUGCCAACCGCUGGGCUUCUCUCGGCAAUAUGCGCACCUGCAACUGCUGUGUUCGAGAGCUUCCUGAGAACCAGUUCGUACACUGCACGACUUGCGAGGACUAUGACCUCUGCCAGCCAUGCUUUGCUAGAGACAUUCAUGGCCAUCACCCUAAGCAUGGCUUUGUUCCCGCUGUGGCUGGCACCCAGAUGCCAGAUCACAUCAAGGUGAAGAUGGCGCCCGGUCGUAACCAAAUGCAUCACGCCAUCUGCGACGGCUGUGACAAGUACAUCAUUGGCGUUCGUCACAAGUGUCUCGAUUGCCCCGACUGGGACUAUUGCGCAAACUGCAUCAGCAGCGCGCACUUUGUGCACGCGGGCCACCGCUUCGCUCCGGUCUACGAACCACUGUCUGAUAUCCAGGCAUGCUCGGUCGUCCAGCCGGUGCAUAUGGGCAUCUGCUGCGAUGGACCCCUUUGCGCGAUGACACAGGCUUAUCCGUCGUACAUUCGGGGCAUUCGAUACAAGUGUGCCGUCUGUCACGACCUCGACUUCUGUGCCAACUGCGAGGCCAGCCCAUCCAACACCCACAACAAGACGCACCCUCUGAUCAAGUUCAAGACCCCUGUUCGCCACGUGAGUGUUACGACCACCGGCGAGCGUCAGGAUGGCAAGCGCAUGCCCGCCAUGGGCGACCGCAUCACCACAAACUCUAGGGCCACCGAGACUGUUAGCCCCGCUAAGAUCUCCGUCAACGCCGUUCAGACCGUUGUGGAUGUUAAGCCUGAGCCCGAAAUUAAGCUCGAGCCUGAGAUCAAGCCCGAGCCGGAGGUCAAGGCUGAGCCAGUGAUCAAGGAGGAAAAUGCAGAGCUUGCUACAGAGCCUUUGUGCGAGAAGGAUCUUCGUGCCGUGUUCCUGCACGACUCCGUCUCUGACGGCACCAUCUUCCCUCCCAACCACGUCUUUGAGCAGACUUGGGUCCUCCGUAACGAGGGCAAGGUGGCUUGGCCCGCGGGAUGCUCCGUCAAGUUCGUUGGCGGCGACUACAUGGGACAUGUCGACUCGGCCCACCCUGCGGGCAUCACGGAGCUCGUUUCUGCCUCAGAGUCGACUGUUUGCUAUGCACCUCUUGCCCCCGGCCAGGAGUGCUCCUUCACCGUGCUCCUCCGCACCCCUGCCCGUACUGGCAAGGUUAUCUCUUACUGGCGCUUGACGACCCAGGACGGCUUUAAGUUUGGCCACCGCCUGUGGUGCGAGGUCAAUGUCCGGCCUGAGCCCUCGACCGACGCCCCCAAGGCGGCGACUCCGGUCGUGAAGCAGGAAGAAAAAGAUGACGAAGCCACGUCCAGGUCCAGCAGCACCAUGAUUUUCCCGAAACUCGAGAAGGAGUCUCCCAGUGCCAGCUUCCACGAGGAAACCCAAACCGAAACUGAGACCGAGGCUACCGAGGACAAGGCCGUACGUGAAACCGAGGAGGGUUUCGAGGAGGAAGAAUGGGAAGCGUCCGACGACGGUUUCUUGACCGACGAGGAGUACGAUAUUCUGGACGCGUCUGAUGAGGAGUUUCUAGAGGAGCAGCAGAAGAAGCUUCUGAAGAAGUAAAAGGUCUUCAACUUCGAUUUCCCUCCUUCUGCUUGUACGCUUGGGAUUACAAGGUCACGGCAAGUCUGUGUUUUCCUCCGCCUGGAAGGCUGAAGUGUACUUUUCUUGUUCGCCGCGCAGCGAGUUCUCCCACUCUAAUGGCACUUUGACCGGCUGCUGGAUCGACGUCUUGGGACUUGGCGAGGUCGAGCUAGGUGGGAAGCCACAGUCACACACAUUCUUUUACGAUGUUGGUCACCAGAUUACCUAGGAUGCAAAUUGAUCUUGUUUGACCAAAAUGAGAUUAUGUCCAAUGUGUGUGGGUGCGGCGACGCUGUAGCGACUGCAACUGGGCUGGCGUGACGUGAAGCGCUGCGUGCGGUCGUAUAACCGGUUUUAGUGCAACGGACUGAUCGG